UGCGGAGCCGGCUCUUCAUCAGCUGCUGGGUUUACUUAGCAACCGGGAGACGCCAGACCGGAGCUGCAGCAUCAGCAUCAGGAGGCAUGGAGGAGGAGGAGGAAGAGGAGGCAGGGGAAAAGAGGAAGGAGGUCAAAAUGUCCACCGUUCGCCUGGGAUUCUUCCCCACCGCAGUCACUGAAGAAAAGCUUCAGGAAGCUCGGGAGAAAUCCCUGGGUCGCAUUUUCGGGACCACCCAGACUUUGCGAUGGAUAAAGAGUCCCCGGAAAUGUGGGCCCUUCGAAAACAUUCUGCAGGAACGAGUAGAUGAGCACUGUCGAGAAGCCAACAAGUUCUUUUCCCAGGGGGAGUGGGAAAAAGCUAUCGCCUGCUAUACCAGAGCCCUGAACUUGGAUCCUAACAAGGUGGAGCCAUAUGAACAAAAAGCAGAAGCGUUUCUUCAGCUCUGUGACUUCCAGUCUGCCUCUCUGCAUUUCAGGAAGGCCUAUUUCAUGACGCCGAGGAAGAAAGAAUGCUUGGCCCACCUGGCCUUCAUUUUAUAUCUUCAGGGUCAGAGUCUGUUUGAACAGCAAGUCUACCUGGACGCUUUGGAAUCCUUCACUCAGGCCUCUGAACUUCAGCCGAGCAAUGCCCUUUAUCGCAGGAGAAGAUUGCCCACGCCCUGCUUUUACAACAUCCAAGAAGCUCUCGAAAUAGAUCCUGGCCACCCUGAAGCUCAGCUUUUGCUGGAGAAGUUGAGAAAGAAAGCUCAGAAAAACAGGGACCAGGCAGUAUGCAAGGCACUGAAGGGAAACCUACGGGAGGCGCUGCUGAAAAUCAACCGUGCCAUCGAGAACAUCCCCCUGCAGGCGGAUUACUUCCUGUUCAGGGGGUCCAUUUUGCGGCGUCUGAAAGACUUCAGUUUGGCUGUUGACGACUACCUCAGGGCGAUGGAGAUCUGCAAAACCGAGGAGGGCGACCAGGUUGGCGCGGAAGCACAGGCCCAGGUGCUGCUGACGUACAAUGACUUUGCUGUCCAUUGCUACACCAAGGGCUUCUACGAAGAGGCAGUCUUGCUCCUCAACAAAGCCAUCAAGGCGGAGAAGAAAGAGAAGGGGUUGUACAUCAACAGGGGAGAUUGCUUCCUGAAACUGGGCGAACUGAACUUUGCCAUAGAGGAUUACCAGCAGGCCCUGGAGGUGGGCCCCGUGGAUCCGGGCCUGCAGAAGCGCAUCGCUUGGUUGCAUGACGAGAUGGGACUGAAGGAGCUGAGGAAGAGACGAUACCCAGAGGCAGAGGGGCAUUUCUCCCACGCGAUUGAGAACAACCCUCUCGAGAUCCAGCAUUACCUGCAUCGGGGCAAGGCCCGAAUGUUUCUGCAGGAGGUGAUGGGCGCAAAGGAGGACACGGUCACGGUUCUUCUCCUGGACCCUACAAACGAGGAGAGCCAUGCUCUUGCAAACAGCCUCUUUCUGGGGGAGAACAUUCAGACUAUUAUACACAGUAAAGUUGCAGUUGUCGCUAAAGCUCUUCUGGACCGAAGGCUGGAAGCCUGUCCAAAAUCCAAAGCCCCUGCUGUUCCCGAGAGGUCAGUGCAAUCUUGA